AUGUUUUCCUGGGAAAGACGUGCAGGUCCCAGCUUGAUCCUGAAGGCCCCGGGCUACGCAUUCAACACAGACAGGAAUGCAGCAGAGUGCCAGGUACAUUAAAUGGGGCGAGACCUGCAGAAAGAGGACACUGUGUUUCAUCAUCAUUAUCUAUUAUCGUGUGUUUUUAGUAGACUGUAGCUCACUAUACACCAUUACUGCAUUAUCAUAAGAGAAACUGGUUUGACAAACACUAUAGGAUUAUAUAUGUGCUGGACAGAAUGACAUCUUUUGGCAUACAAACAUUCAAGAAUAUUAUGCAUGAUUAUGAUAAAUAAUCUUAAAAUGACAUUUGAAUAUCAGGUUUUCAUUUUAACUUUUUAUAUCUAUAUAUAUAGGUCUUAGUAUCUGUCUGUCUUAGAAUAAAUGGUACAAGAGAAGUACACCUAUUUUGCCACAUGAUGGUGCUACAUCACCAUCACUUCCUGUAGACAGCAGCUGUGUGCUCAAGCAAUAUUUGAGGGACCGAGAGCCAAAUAUAAAUAAGAAAUUUAUGCUUCUGUUUUCGCUUUUUUUCACAGUUAUAAGUGAUUUUCCUUAUUCCACAAGAGAGUCUUUGUUCUUCCUAUCAUGACCAAUCCUAUGCAUGUCAAGGUUGCAUUGGAUUUUUUGUAUAUCAAAAAUAUUUAAACAACAAAUUGGUGCAAAGAAUUGAACAAAAAAUAAGAAUGAAAUCAGAAAUACAUAAUUUAACAUUUUUUAUUUUGACUGUUAAAAAACGUAUUCACAUACAGUUUAUCUUUAACUGUUGUUUUUAUUUCUAUUUAUUUAUCAUUUCUUAAAUUUUAUUUUAUGUUACUUUGGUUUUAGAUUGUAAGCCUCAAGCGUUUCCUUACCUUGAAUUUUAAGAUGGCGUUUCCUCAGUGCGCACAUUCCUGUUUAUAUGACUGGAACCUUUUUAAGUUCAUGUAUUUUAAUACAGGUUUCUAUUGUGCUUAGAUUGUGGGGUGGGAAUGAGGGGUUGGGUUGGGCUAGAUUAGGGUUUUCUUUGUUUCUUUUAUUCCUCUGCUAUGUAAAACACUGUGCUACAUCUUUUUUGUAUGAAAAGUGACAUAUAAAUCAAGAAUGAUUGAUUGAUUAAUUAAUUGAUUGCUACAGUUUAAAUGAACUCAGCCAGAUCUAUUCAGUAUUACAUAAUAGUCCUAAAUGUUAGAUCGCCUUUUCUUUGAUGCCUAAAUUAUCAGUUUGGACUUCAUCAAACCUAAACCCAGGUUAUAGCCCUAAUAUCCAACAACCCAACUUCCUUUUGUGUUUUGUUUCAGUGAACCUUACCCUUCCUUAUAACAGGUAACAUCACAUAUCAUAGACUCAUUUCUUUAUGUAUUGUCAUCUGAAGCCUACGCCUUUAGCAGAGGACCUGAGUACUUCUCCUCUUAUUGGUGUCUGAACUGUAAACCCAGAAAUUCCUCAGGAAGCCUAUAAAAUGUAAGUCAACAACCUUAUCAUAAAUUCACAUUAGCCCUCACAAAAAAGACACAAUACUGUAUUUAGAAAAAGAACAUAAUGUAAAAACCAUCACAGAGUAUAUAUUCUCAAUAUGUUUCACUGAUUUAGUUGGUUCAAGUUUCAGAGCUGACAUCUUUUACUGUCCAAACAUACAAGCAGUAAAAUGACUGACAGCCUCGUAGUCUGUCUUCCUGUCUCUUCCUCUUUUGUCCCUCCUCGCCACGCCUCCAGGGGUCGCCUUGGCAACAUGUUUUACUGCUGGCAGCCGUAGAACUACAGCAUUGGCUCCUAAAACUGGGAAAGCUGUACACAGCAAAUUUCAAUGCCAAGGACACAGCAAAGCGAGACGAGGGGGCUUCAAGCUUCAAAAGCAAGAGGAGGUACGCGAGAGAAUUAAAGGUAUUUUCAGGGAUUUUUUUAUUUAUUUACAAAAAUUUAGUUAAAGGAGCAAAUUUGGAGAGUGAAAGCAGGCCAAAUUAGACCCAUCGGACUCUUUUCUCUGGUGUUUUCCUGCUCAGUAUGGAUAAAAAAGUACACCAAAAUCCACAGAUGGAAGAAGCUGACUCUCCUCAUGGCAGGAAGACUCUCCUGCAAAUGUUGACUGAAACUUUUGGGAGGCUUGAAGCUGUCAGACGCUGCGGAGAUCAUCGUAAUGAGACAGUGGGAGGAAUACAAAGUACAGGAGAAGAAAUUGAGAGAGAGAGUAGAGGAGGAGGAGGAGAUGGGAUUCACAGUGGAGUAGCACAUGAUGAAGAAGGAGAUGGAAAAAAGGAGAAAGAGGAGAGGGAGUGCAAGAAAAAAAUUGUGGGGGUGAUGACAGAGCUGAGUGUUUUUCAUAGAGAGAGAGUGACAGCAUGGAGACAAGUUCUCCACAUGUUGCAAGAGGCUCCACCAGGGGGCAGUGAGGAGCGACACCCAUCUGAAAAUGGUGAGUAUGGUUGAUUCUGGUCUAAUCGUUCAGCACAUAGAUAUUAUAUACCUAGACGCCUCAUUACACGCUGGAGCGUAAUCCAGCGGUGCCGCCAUGUUGGAUGGGUCUCUCCACUCCAGGCUCACUCAAGAGCCAAACGGGGUCAAUGGAGAACAAACAACUAUGCUCUUAUUUUUACACUCUAUGGUUGAAAAACCCGAUGCAGUAUUGAAACCAGAUCACGUAGCCCUACAUUUCACAAAUACCAUUGAAAAAUAAUUUGGUUUAAUUUUAAUGUGUGACAUUGUCCUGUAUCAUGGCUACAUCCCUGUCGUUGUAACAAACCAAACAGUGUGAAAAUCGGGCAGACAUUUGGGGAGUUAUUACCUCCGCCAAGGGGGUUAUGUUUCCAGUAGCGUUGGUUUGUUUGUUUGUGAGUUUGUUUGUCUGUUAGCAACUUUACGGAGAAAGGUGUCAAAGGUUGAUCCUGAUCCAGACAAAAUUCCGGAUACUGUGAUCCAGAACACACAAAAAUAAGGGUGUUGUUGGAAUUUUCAACCAAUGGACGGCACAGUGGUGUAGAUAGGCGGCACAGUGGUGUAGUGGUUAGCACUGUCGCCUCACAACCAUAAGGUCCUGGGUUUGAAUCCGGGUCAGGGCAUUUCUUGUUUUAGGAACAUUAUGAACAGUGAACAUACCAGUUUAAACACAAAUAAAAGUUAAUAAAAGACACGUAACAGUAAAAGUUUUGGUGUGAAUCACAAUAUAAGGGGGGACAUAAACUGCUUGGUGGAGGUCUGCGCUCUCCGAGUGCUUUUCUAGUUAAUAAUAUGGUUGGGCAUUCCCACCUAUCUUAAUGCACUGGAGGCGGAUGGGGGACUCAUCCAAGAUGGCGGCCCAGCUGAUACAUGAGCUCCAAUAGGCAACGUCAGGCUUUGAGGCGUCUACGUAUACUAUGUCUAUGGUUCUGCAAAUGCUCCUGUGUUCAAUAAAAAUGUUGUGUAGUAUAUCACCAUGUGACACCGACCCUGAUAGUGGUUGUAGGAAUUAAAAAUUAGCAAAAAAAAAUUCACUUACAAAUUAAGUUUUGUUUUAGUGAGAUAUUAUACUGUCAUCUGUUUUGUUCCAGGUGAAGAAGGUGGAAUCAUACUAUCUUCAGACACCUUCACUGAUACUAUCCUGGAGGUUAAAGAAGACAUACAGAACAUUAUCGACAUACUAAACUCAAUCAUCAUGAAGCUGGACAAAGAAGUUCUUAUAUUGUCCACCCAGAAUCCUUUAACCGAGAGUGGAGAUCCACAAGAACUAGAGCAACCUGAAGAUGACAAGAAACUCUACCAUGAUGCUCUUGAAUCUGACUCUGGGCAAAAACAAAGCAGUGAAGCCGGAGACGGUCAAAGUGAAACAAAGCCAUCACCGGACACUGUGAAAAAUUCAGAUAACAGGUUCUGCGAGUCAGACUGCAGCAAAGUGGAAGAGACGGAGAGAGAAGAAGCUGUCAAAGGUCAUGGGAGUGAUAAUGAAGACUGUGUUUCUCCAGACGGUCAGAGGGAUUCCCAGGAAGAGACCAAAAAGGACUUAGAUGUGGUCAAAGACGAGGGACAAGAAGGUAGAAACAACAAGUGGACCACAGUCGGGUGAGUUUUUAAUGACUUCAUUUAAAUCUGUGCAUCAUGAUCUGAGUGAUUUUUGGUUCAUUUAUCGGUUUAUGAUGAUUUUCAGGCUCACUGGUCGACAUGAGGGCACAGGUUCAAACGUCCAGGAUGCAUGUUUCAUUAAAGCUCCUGCAGGUGUGGCUGAACUCCUCAAGUGUGAGGUGGCGGACGACCUCAGCUGCCUGAUGGUGACCGGCUCGGAGGAGCUGGUCAGUAGGGUAAUAAGAGUUGAAGUCCAGGAUGGGGCUAACUUUCACUUCCCUGUGACUUUGGUCGUACCUUUCUGCGCACGUUACCGCGGCACCUACAGGGAUUUUACAGUGAAGAUGAUCGACGGGGAGAGGAGGGCAAGCUACGUCACUCCUGUAACAACAGAAGGGACGUAUGGAGGGCAGAGGGUAAGGUUUUCUGUUGAUUGUUGAGUUCUCUUCUUCUUCAAUGUCUUUACAAUAGCUAGCCAAACUAACGACAUGGUCUUCGUAGCUUGUUAAGAACAGUCAGGCUGAGCUGAAAUAAGACAGUCUGGUCAACAAAGAACUUCCUGUUUGCAUCACAAGUGUCACAUUACCUAGCAACAGAUGGCUAAUGGUGCGUUUAAGUUACCUCAGAAGUCAGAAGUCCGAGGUGAAAAUGACGUCACACCCAAGGCCCCGCGUUUCAGCUACCAAAUCAGAAAAAAGCAAAAUCAGAGGAAGAAACAAGAUGGCUACAUCUACAAAAGGUAUUUUAGCGUUUACCUUCUCUGAAUAUAAGGCAAGCGCUAAAAUAACUUUCGUAGAUGUAGCCAUCUUGUUUCAGGCCUUCAAUUUCGUUUUUUCCAACUUGGUGACUGACACACUUGGAACUUGGGUGUUACGUCAUUUUCAGCUCCGACAUCUGACUUCUGAGGUGACUGGAACGCAGCAAAACUAACUAACAUAGCUAGUGUUAGAUUAGUUAUUUAAAACAAAUUCAAGUGUCACAGUGUCUGUUUUUUUGUAAUUUAAACAUUUUCAUGACUCGCUAGUUCCUUGAGUUGAAACCUAAUGCUAAUAUUUAACAGUGUAUUACGAAGCCCGGGGAAAAGUACGACAUAUUUGUCGGCUGAAGUUGAGGGAGCUUGCACAGUCUUACAACUAAAUGAAAUGAAUUAAAAGGCUUUUAACCAUCUUAGCUGGGCUAAGAUGGUUAAGUAUAGCAUUUCCCAUGUGACUUUUUGGUGUGUGUUUUGGGCCUUUAAUGACUUCAGGUGGUAGUGCAGUUAUGAUAAGCAUUCAUUAGUCAUAAUUCAUGUCCACAUAGAUUAUUGCAUCAUCUGCAGAUAAACAAACAUUUUCUAAAAAUUGCAAAACAGAAACGGUUCUAAUAUAGAGCCCUGUGGUGCAACUUUGGAGACUUUGAAUUUGUACUUUGUCGUUAAAGCUCUUUCAGUUCAAGCAGUUUUUGGAAGCGAGUUAAAGGGACAUUCCGGAGUAAAACUAAGUUAGGGUCAAAAACACUGUAACAAGCGGUCGGCAACAUUCAUCUCUCAACGGGGUGUCUAACAUGAUGUUAAGGUGUGUUUGAUCCUAACUUAAUUUUAUGCCGGAAUAUCCCUUUAACACAAUGUUACUUUUAAUUCAGAAAGUUAUUUAAGUUGGUAAAAUUAUGUCAACACUUAUCAAAAAAGGACUGGAGUAACCUUGUUUAGACAGGAGACAAAUUUGUAAAUAAUAUUAUCAGCAUAAAAAACGAUAUUCCUAUGUAAAUUGUAAAGUAGGAAAGGCACUAGCACUGGGCCCUGUGGUGCACCUUUGUAUAUUUCAGUUUUAAACUCUGUCCUGUCUGAAACACCAUUUCCAAGCCAACCAUCUUCAGCCUUUUUUGAAACCAUUUCUUUAAUCUGUGCUUGUUUGUGAAAGACUCAAAAGCUGCAAUUAUCAAGGGGAGAAAAUGUUUUGCCACUUCUACUCACGCCGAAUUGAUUAUAUGAAUUAUGUGGUGUUGUGUUCUUUUUCAGGGCUCUUUCGCAGAGGUGAAAGUGUACUCUUUGGGCCUGUUUGCUGUUAUCUCCUGUCUAAAAAGAGAAAAUUACACCGUACCCACAAAAGGUUUGUCACUCAAGCUUCCCAUGGACCACCGAAUCUGCCUGAAUUAUCUACCGGGAUCCUUCACUGCCCCAGUAAUGGCUCAAACCAUGGUAGGGAGACAAAGAUCUGAUGCCUUCGAAUAUACUUAAAUAUAAGCAAAAUGUUUACUGAGCUUGUAAGUUUUUUAGUGCGUAGAAAUAUCUUGUUAGAUAGAGACAAAAACUCAAAUAAAGGACUCCUGACAAAACUGAAACUAAAAUAUAUGAAGGGGAGGAAGGAUAUAACACCAGAGAAGGAGACUAACUGAUUAUAAUUCACAAACUCGAUCUCACAGAUGUUUGCCGCGAGGUAGAAAAACGAACAGCUGCAGCCAAUAUUUGAAUUGACUCUGAGUUCAGUCAUCUGUGAACCAGCUCCAUCACUGCAGCUUGUUGUUUGAUCCUCCGUCAAAAACCCAAAGUUCCCUUUCUGCAUGCCUCAUUUUGGUACAGCGGCGUGCUCUCAGCAAAAAAAAAAAAAUGUCUGUAUAUCAAACAGAAUCUCGUCCUGAAACUCUGCCUAGAUUUUGUCGAACAUCUGUUCCCUCCUCUGACUCAGAUCCAGCCCAUCGAAGCUGUCCUUCUGGCGGCUGUGAAGUCCAGAAGCGAUGUCUAUCAUUCGGUCGUAUCUACGAGUCCAUUACUCUACCUGACUCACCCAUCCUCACUGCCACUCAGAAGACCCCUCACUGUGACCCUUCCCUGUCCGCCAAAUCCCAAGAAGAGGACGCACAGAGGAGUUCAAGUGGAAGAUCAAGACCAGAACAUUUGGCAUGAUAGAGCGUCCCCAACUUGGGAUCAACCUGCCUCCCAAAGAAGAAGGUACGUUUCAUGUGGCAAAAUGCAAAGAUUAGGUAGCUAGUAGGCCUGCACGAUAUGUCGUUUGAGCAUCGUCAUCGCGAUGUACGUGUGUGCGAUAGUCACAUCAUAGAGCCUGCGAUGUCGGAAGUGAAUGAACUCAGUUAAUUUCAAGGGUAGCUGACUGAAAUACACUGCAUGUGACUCUGCAUGUGCUUUGCAGCGAUCCACCAAUCACCUUCGUCCUUAACUCAGUUGCCAAUCAGACUCAGUUCUCAGUUGCCAAUCAGUUUACCCUGCCAGCUGUCAAUCAAAAUCAGAGAGGAGGAAACCCACCCCUGCACAUGUUCUGCACAUGGAGGUACUCGCUGCAGCUACCGGAGUUGAGCCGAGAAACGCGUGUCCGCUGAGAAUUACUUUCGGAACAUUCUUCAUCACUGUUUAGCCCAAAAAAUAAGAACUGUAUGUGUUUUAAAUUGUACAUUUCCCUGGACGACUCUACUAUAAGCAGUAUGCGCUUUGUGAGGUGCAUGCAAUUCUCGGAGGACAUGCGUUUCUCAGCACCCCGGUAACAACAACUAUCGCAAACUGAGCAACGAACAAGAGAAAACCACCGAAAAUGAAGAUUUGUUGCCAAAAAGAAAAGGAAAGUCAGUUAGCUGGAAUUAUUUCGGUUACAAGAUGGAUAAUGUCGACCAAAACAUUGUCUUCUUUGUUCAUCUGUUGCCACAAUAACGUCCCAGAACAAUAAAAGCUAAAAAUAUCUCUGAGACAGACAGAAGCCGUUCUACUAACACUCACAAAAAGAGGUAAGAUCAGUGCAGGUUAACCGUCCUCAAGAUUUCAGCAGUGCAGCAUAACAUUAAGUGCUAUUCAGGUCAUCUGGUGAAAAUUCCUGUAUUUUUUAAUAUCACAAUAUAUAUCGCAGGGUUGAAAAUAUCGCAAUGUUAGUUUUUUCCAAUAUCGUGCAGCCUUAGUAGCUAGCAUGCUUAUCUGGUGAUGAUAUUAGCAUAGCUGCUAGCAUAAUUUCAUGUCGCGGUGUGAAGAUGUUUCAUUCUGUCCUUGCUCCGACAGGAUCCUAGGUGGCUCUUUAAGGUCUAAAGAGACGUCCUGUGAGCUUCUGGCUGUUUUAGGUUCAACAGACAAACAGUGGAGCAUCCUGGAUAAAGUCACAGUCAGAAACCAGCAGAACGGAGUGGUAUCCUUUGAGCUGACGGAGAACUUUGAGAGGUUUGUAACACAACACGGGCGUCUAACACCAACACAUGAGGAGAUAUUAGCCGAUCUGUUGUUUACAAGCUAAACUCAAAGCACUUUUAGGUUUUAUUGCAGAUUUAUAAAAACAGACCAGAUACACAACAUGUUUGCAAGACUGAAUAUACUGCCUUAUUGGAUAUAACAAUGGUAGCUCUAAAUCUGAAGCGUAGGCUACAAGGAGCCACUGCUAAGGGGCAAAGUAAAACUAAUAUGGUAAUCUGAUCUAUACGGAGCCUUGAAGAAGUGGUCUAGACCAGUUGGAGGCAGAUUUAAAUGGUAAUAUGAAUUAAAUAUGAAUGUAUGGAUGAUUUCUCUUAGUUGGAUACAAAGAAAAGGUUCCUACCUCAAAAGAGAGUUGAAGAAGUGAGGAUUUGUUUGGCCUAAUUGUGAGUAAACCCAGUGCUGAGUCUAUUGACACUGAGAUUUGACGUUAUGAGGAAAAUUAGCCUUGAAUAAAAUGUUAUUAUGAGUCAAACUACAAGUGUAGCACUCAGUGGAUUUUUUCUUGCACCUUCAAACCAAAAUAAAUCAAAGCAAAAACUGAAACAUGAGGCAAAUACAUCCAAAGAAAGAGAACAAAAAGCACCGACAAGAGCAGGUUCAGUCUUGAAGUGGAACACCUAUUUGUAGUUUCAUCAGAUCUGAGGUCGAUUUGUCCGAUUUUUGGACUCAGAAGAAGAAAUAUCUGAAAAAAAUAUAGUGAAGUAUGAAAAGAAAGACAGAAACACCAACCAGUGAAUGCAAAAAUGAAAAAAUCUCUCACCACGUCUCCGUGUGCUUGUGCCUCUCUGCCAAAGGUGAUCAGCCACUGCAGCUGGUUGGCUGUUUUGAAGGAUUUUAACUUGCUGCUGUUGCUGUCAAUGCAAAGUAUGAAGACGGUCCACCUCCUCACAUCGUAAAUGAGUAUGUAGAAAAAUCUGCAUCUGAACACAGAAGGAAAAAAACGCUCAAACAUUCAAUAUAUUACACAAACAGGAAACCAAAACAGUCUUUUAAAUUAUGUACCUUCUCAUGGAGAUACUAUUGUCAGGAAAAGACUUCAGGUUCAAGUUUAAAACCUUCAAAUCAAGAGUUUCUUGGAGUGUUUUGGUCAUAUCAAGAAGACUGUUGAGACUAGAACAGAUAUAGAGAUUGGGAAAAUCAGAAAAAAAAAAAACAUUGAAUACAAAAACAAUGUGAAAAAUUAAAUUCUUGAACACCUUUCAAAGAAGUACAGCCUUUUUGGUUUCCGUUUUGAUGAGGACUUUGCCUGCGAAAAGAAACAAAUACGUUCAUAAAUUAGACCAAAAUAUGUCCAAAUUUAAAAAUGAAUUGAUAAAAUGUUUAAAAAAUGAAGAAUUUUAAUGUUUUAGCUUUAAAAAGCAUCAAACACCCAUAAAUAAUACAGUGUUAUGUUUAAAGCUCCAGUAAGGAGUUUUUCCAUGUUUAUGAAAUUAAGUGAAAUUCAUACUGGUGUCUUUUCAUGAUCUACAAAAGCAAACAAAACCAUGAGCAACAAGAUUGAUGAUUUUUAAAGCAUAAUUUUAACGUCUUAAUCUGAUGCGAGUGGGUCGGUGUCAGCCUAGCUUAAAAAACAACCCUGUCUUCAUUCACAAUAAGUGAUUUAUUUGACCAUUGGAAAAUAGCAGAUGAGAUCUUUCUCCACAAGGGGGCGCCAAAACUGACACAAAUAAGUGUUAAUAUGAAUAUAUUCAAGUAGAUAUGUUUUCUUACAACUUGUUGGCAGUUGAAGCCCAUGAGUCUGACAAGUGUGUCUGAAAGUCGCAGCAGGGCAGCAGGACUCUGCGCUGUCCUCACGGCCACAUCCACACACUGACUGGCAGCAGUGACCGACACCAGGAGUCCUCCCACCACAUACAGGAGGUGGACCACAUUACCCCUGCCCACAGAAACAGUCGAUUUAGUUUGUAGUGAUGUGAGUUUGCUCAAAAUCUGAAGUUUGGAAGUCAUCUAAAAAUCUUACUUGUGGGCAAAGAGCUCUGGUGGAAACUUAAACAUGAAGAAGUUUGACGUGUGAGGACCCAAUUUACAACUCUGUAAACAAGAAAUGAAGAACAUGUAGAUAUUCACACUCCAUAUAAGGUUAAAUUUUCACUUAUCUGUUCAUGUCUUGAUAAACCAAACGUCAAAUACAAAGAAAUUUUACCUCUCAUGCCGCUGCUUUCCCUUCCCUCCUUGGUUUUAUUCCUUUCAUCACGCUCAGUCCUCACACACAAUGACCUUAAGAAAAGAAACGUAGAAAAACUACUACUACUAAGUAACUCGACUUAUGGUGGGCUUGUCUUUACAUAAGGGGUUUAAGAAAGGCAGCAGAGGUGGAUAAAGAGGGGCUGAAAUACUUUGAAUUCUUCCGUGUUGUUAAAUCAACCCCUGAAAGAAAAUCUGAUUUACUUUCUGUUUUUAUCGUAAAUUAAAUAGGAAUAUUAGUCCUACUUAUAGAUUGUGCACCGCUCCCUUAAUAAGGAUGGAUGAUUCUUAUUAUUUCUAAUUCAGUCUUAUCUAAAACAACUUCCCCCAGAGGAUAAUCUAUGUACAGGAGGUAAUGUGAUUAAUUCUGUCUUUAAGUAUAUCAAGCCUGGACUAAAGUCAAAGAUAACAGACUCUUCCUUCUAUUCAGCAGUUAUCUAAUCUCUACUCUAAGCUCCACGUCUUAAUGUUUCUUAUUCCUUCCUCUCAGACUGCUGGUGGUUCGGUUCCUCUCCCCCCUGCAGCCUCAUCACCUUGUCUCCCUGGCAGAGGAGCUGGAAGAGUCGAUCUGCAGCCACGCAGUCACCAUCAUCCUCCAGAGAAAACCGGAUGACCCGCACGCUGUCCUGACCGCCGUCCUGCCCAGCAGGGACCUCAACUGGGAGCUGACCAAACUCAAAGCGCAGGGCUACGGCGGCCUGCCAGAGAUCUCCUCAGAGAUCUCGAUGUGUGAGGGAGACCAGCUUCUGCUCAGUUUUAGCGGCAACAUUGCGUCCAAAGGCAAGUUACGAAGCUGACUUUAUCUGUCAUUGAAAAACUAGCUUACAUCACGCUGCUCACUACCAUAGACUGUAUAUAGAAUGGACGCUGUCUGCCUCCUCGCUGGGUGAAUCCACUACGAGAACAGCACCCUCUCCAGCAAAGCUUUUGGAGCUGUUGAUUAACUUCAGAAAUUUAUUACACAGAACAUAUAUUUUUUCCCCCCUGCUUGCGAUGUUGACAUGUAGUUACUGUAAGCAACAUCAACAUAGCGACUCUCUGCGACUCCCGCCAAAUGCGCACAAUGCUACUGCACAAGUGGUGGAGUGCGUACAACGCUACUGCGCAAUGUUUGUUUCAGGAUGUGGAGAAAAAUGCGGAAUUAACGUGAGCUUUUCGGCUUCAAACCCGUGUACAAGCAGAAGGCGGAAUCAAGUUGUUCAUAGUUUAUACAGUCUAUGCUCACUACUCGCUUUUACUGUCUCCACACACCAAGCGCGAGUGAAGUCAUUCGCGCGAAUGAAUUACAUGUUAAUUCAAUGCAAAGACGCGAUUAGAUGCUCCGACUACUCUGGCGGUGUGAAUGAUGCAAGUUGUUGCUUUGCUCAUCGUUUAUCCUGUGUUCGGUUGCUUCUGUCUGGUUGCUAUUGGUUUCGCUGGGUUUGGGUCACAUGGGCACUGUGUUUGAAAGCUGAUGGUUUAUAUGAGGGGCGGUCUUACCUGCACUGGGGUGGAGAGGUGAGCCUAGUUAGUUGUAAUUUUUGUUGACCGCGUUUUACGUUCUUUGUUUGCAAUGAAACAUGUCGCAAAGUGUACACAUAUUACAUCGGAUGUGGGCGUGUAAUCAUUGGUCACUGUGGAAGCGUUUUUUCUGAUAUUAAAGCUCCAAAAACUUCGAUGAUCUGUGGGUGCCUCUUUGGAACAGCAGCAGCAGCGUGUCACGCAAAUAAAGAGAACCUAUGCUCUGCCUCAAGAGACUUUUUAAAGGUCCUAGGAAAGCCGCAAUAUUGGGCGUGAGCUGAAAAUGUCUCAACUUGAGCGGAUAUUUGCGUCGUGAUAACUAAUCAGCACAAAGGUUGCCAUGUGACGUAUGAAAACGGACGGUUUUUCACUGGCAUCUAAAAUGGAGGACAAGCUGAUCGUCUUUAAAUUACUGAAACCGGAAUAAAAAGGGAGCUCACCUGGAGGAAAGUGAGUUCGGAGGUCGGAUUACCCGGUAAAUUGUAAAAAACCUUCGUCUUGAUCCUGGGUGAAUGAAGCAACUAUUACUACUACUAUUCAUUCACGGGUCUUAAUUCGCGCGAAUGAAGCGAGUAAUAACUAUUCAUUCACGGGUCUUAAUUUGCGCGAAUGAAGCGAGUAAAAACUAUUCAUUCACGGGUCUAAAUUCGCGCGAAUGAAGCGAGUAAUAACUAUUCAUUCAUGGGUCUAAAUUCGCGCGAAUGAAGCGAGUAAUAACUAUUCAUUCACGGGUCUAAAUUCGCGCGAAUGAAGCGAGUAAUAACUAUUCAUUCACGGGUCUUAAUUCGCGCAGAUGAAGCGAGUAAUAACUAUUCAAUCACGGGUCUUAAUUCGCGCGAAUGAAGCAAGUAAUAACUAUUCAUUCACGGGUCUUAAUUUGCGCGAAUGAAGCGAGUAAUAACUAUUCAUUCACGGGUCUUAAUUUGUGCGAAUGAAGCGAGUAAUAACUAUUCAUUCACGGGUCUUAAUUCGCGCGAAUGAAGCGAGUAAUAACUGUUCAUUCAUGGGUCUAAAUUCGCGCGAAUGAAGCGAGUAAUAACUAUUCAUUCACGGGUUUUAAUUCGCGCGAAUGAAGCGAGUAAUAACUAUUCAUUCAUGGGUCUAAAUUCGUGCGCUAAUUAAGCGAUUAGAUGAUUUUACUUGCGCUUUGUGUGAGUGCCCCAUUACAACAUCCAACUUCUUACAACAGGAAAUCAAACAGACCAGCUGAGACUCACCUUCCACAGUCAGCAGAAGAAUCACCUCACGCUUCAUCUGACUGAAGUGGACCCGUUCGGGAACUACAGCUCCCCUCACUACAAAGGCACGGCCAUGUUUCAUAAAGUCCCUCGCGGUCGGCUGGAGUGGCGAGGAGACAGAGCGGUCACGACUGACACGAAGCUCCUGGGAGAUCCUGUCUGUAAGCUGUCUCUGACUUUACCCAAGGUGCUGAAGAAGUUCGGAAAACUCCCCUUAGUAUUAAAGGUUCUUCACAUUAAAGGGGGAUUCUGAUGUUUUAUUGUUUCAUUGCAGAAAGUUCGGAAGAUUAAUCGACCAAUCAUGGCGAGGGCGAAGUUGUGUGAGGAAACAGGUGGGUGAUAUACUUAACACUUUUAUUCCUGAGAGUGUAAACAUGUCUUACACCUCGCCUCUCAUCCCGCAGACUCUCUGUCGGACUCUCUUCUUCUCUGGCUCUCCGGGGAACUCUCCGAGGAAGAACUCGCCCCGCUGGUUCUCUCCCUACGUCUCCGCCGUAGCGCCGCCCAGCUGGUGAAGCUCAGGGCCGGGGACAGUCCGUCCAGCCAAGCCUUCCACGUCCUCGCCAUGUGGAGGAGAGGGCUGCCCGCCGCCGCGCACCAACCCAAGGCUUCUCAGCUGGCUCACUGCUUAGCCAAGAGCGGGAGGCCGGAUCUGGCCCGAGAGCUGCUGCUGAGACAGUCUGGAGCCUCGAGGCCAAGUUUUGUGAAACAAGGGAGCCUGAAAAGUAGAAAUUACACAGCUUUUUAG